AUGAGACUUCUGCCGUUACUGGUGGUAGUUAGCGGUUUCUUUAAUGUGGCGUGGUGCAAGAGGAAGCUAUCGGCUUCCUCGCUUGUUACAUGCAUGGAAAACUCACAACUGUCAGCCACGGGUUUUGACGUGGUUUUUAACCCAGAUGACAGAUCCCUGCAUUAUUCUUUGGACAUGGUAAGUGAAAUCAACUCAUAUAUUAUCGCGGACAUCGAAGUUUGGGCAUACGGCUUCAAAAUCAUUACAAAGCAGCUAAAUUUGUGUUCCUUGAAUUGGAAGCAGUUUUGUCCGCUGCUACCGGGCGACGUGCAAGUGGAUUCCGUGGAAUACAUCUCAGAGACGUACGUUAAGCAAAUUCCCGGCAUCGCCUACCAGGUUCCUGAUAUCGAUGCUUUUGUCAGAGUUAACGUCUACAACAACGUCAGCGAAGACAUAGCGUGCAUUCAAGCGUUUUUCUCAAACGGUAAGACAGUUUCGCAAACAGGUGUCAAGUGGGCAACCGCAGUGAUCGCUGGUAUAGGUCUUUUGUGCUCAGCGAUCUUGUCCACUUUUGGUAAUUCUAACGCUGCUUCCCAUAUCUCUGCAAACACGAUGUCCCUUUUCUUGUAUUUCCAAUCUGUCGUUGUCGUAUCAAUGGAACACGUUCACCGGGUGCCUCCUAUCGCUGCCGCGUGGUCGGAAAAUCUGAUUUGGUCCAUGGGCUUGAUUAGAAUAAGCUUUAUGCAGAAAAUUUUCAGAUGGUUCGUGCAAUCUACUGGGGGAACACCUACUCUGUAUUUAACAUCAAAGAGCAUUUCCGUUCUGGUGCAAAGAAGCUUGGAUUACCUCAAAUUCAGAAACUUUCACAAACGAGAGGAAGAUGUCCUUUACGGGAAUGAGGAUGUUUUAAUUCAACGUGGUAUAAAACGUUUGGGCUAUCGUUCAAAGAUCGAGAAUACCUCUAUCGUGUGCACUGGAUUCACUUUCUAUUUACUCUGCGCUUACGUGCUUGCUGGUUUCAUCAUGGCAUCGAAAUAUACCAUUGAGCUGUGCAUCAGAGCUGGCUGGCUGAACCACUCCAGAUUUUUGGAAUUUAGACGUAAUUGGAGAACCGUUUUGAAGGGUUCAUUACUGCGGUAUGUUUACAUCGGCUUCACUCAAUUAACAGUUCUCAGUUUUUGGGAAUUUAUGGAGCACGACUCUGCUGCUGUGAUCGUCAUUGCCUGCCUUCUACUUAUCCAAGCCGUUGGGCUCAUGCUAUGGGCGGCAUUCAGGACCAUUAAGUUUGCUCGCCUUUCUAUGAGUCAGCGCAAAAACCCUGCGGCGAUUUUGUAUGGUGAUCAAGUUGUUUUGGACAAGUAUGGUUUUUUUUACACCAUGUUCAAUGCCACUCAUUACUGGUGGAGCUGCGUCAUUUUGUGCUACAUCUUGUUUAAGGCCUUUUUCAUCUCAUUUGCUCAGGCAUCGGGUAAAACCCAAUCGCUCGCUUUGUUCAUUGUUGAUCUGUUUUACUUCGUGGCCCUCAUUUAUUACCAGCCCUACUUGGACCGCCCUACAAAUAUCUUGAAUAUUCUCAUAUCAACUGUCACUGUGGUGAAUUCAUUUCUCUUCAUGUUUUUCUCAGACUUGUUUGGGCAACCUAUGGCUGUUGCCUCUGUGAUGGGAUGGGUGUUCUUUAUCAUGAAUGCGGCUUUCUCAUUAAUUUUACUCAUUUUGAUUUUGGUAUUUGUGAGCAUGGUUAUUUUCUCUCGCAAUCCAGAUUUAAGAUUUAGACCAGCGAGAGACGAUAGAACGUCAUUCCAAAGGUCAUCGCAAAUUAACGGCAACUUGAACAAAUCGGCCGCCGCAGAGCUCGUUGCACUUGGAGAUGCUGCCAAGAAUCAUGAUGAAAACUGGGAGGAAGAGCUUUAUAAUCAGCAAAAGCUGCAAAAAGAGCAGAGCAUGUCAGGGCUAGAUUAUUCUGAUGAAAAGAUUGCCACCUCUGCAACAAACUCAGAAGAACAGAAUGGCGAUGGUAACAAGAUGUCCCUGGCCGAAAAACUCAAGAGAAAGCUGUCCCUAAAGCGCAAUAAAUCAACGUCGUCUCGUAAUAACACAAGUAACCCCGUCGGUGGAGAACAAGGUGCACCCUUAACGUCUUUGUCCAGAGAGCCUUCGACAGAAUCGGCUUCGCCCGCAAAAAAGAAUUAUCCGGGAACUCACAAGCGCCAAGAAUCGGAAUCUAAAAAUGGUCUCAUCGCAUCCUACCGCAAUGGCGGACAUGAAGAAGCAUUUGCUGAUCCGUUAGUUGAAACCUCGUCUAAUGGAUCGUUGGAAUACACAGACACUACUGGUAGGGCCCUGGAUACCAAUUUCCCCAGAGAUGAGAGCAUGAAUACCGUUAGUGCUGCUCACGGGACGGCAACAUCUUCUGCUGAUCUUUUCACACACAAAAAUAACUCAUACUACGAUAGACUUUGA